GGAGAGUUGCAUAAACGCCUGGCCCCGCCUCCCGAGGCGCCCUCCCGCCGCAGACCGGCCUGGCCCAGCGGCCGGCCAUGCUCCCGGGAUGCCCCCCCCCCCCCGCGUCCCCUCCCCUCCGGGCCUUGGAACCACGCCUCCGGGGGGGAAUGCUAAGGCCGGACCAGGCCGCGGUCCCCGCGGGACCCCGGCCCUUAGGGUCACAGUUGCGCUGGCUUAUGGGCUCCUGGGCCCCCUGGCUGCGCUCUGGGUGCUGGGCGGCCGGCGGGCCUCGCGUCCGACAACGGACAGCCUCGUCUUCAGCCUGGCGCUGGCCGGCCUGCGGCCGGCACUCACCUUUCCCUUCUGCGCCGCCGAGUCCGCCCCGGGCUUCCGCUGGCCCUUUGGGGGCCUUCUCGGCGAGGCCGUGCUGACGGGCGCCGUCCUCGGCGUCUCCCUCGUCACCGCUCCCGGCCUCGCGCGGUACUGGAUGCGGGCGGUGGCCGCGGGCCCCGGAGCCUGCCUCUGGCCCUCCCGGGCCCUGGGGCCGGGCCUGGCCGCCCGGGCGGCGGGUGCGGCCGUGUCUGCCCCGCCUCGUCUGCCCCGCCUCCCCAGCGUCCGCUGGCCGGCGCAGGGGGUCACGGCGGCCGCUACCUGCGGCUGCGCCGUCCUUGGGCGGAGCGCCUGCGGCGGCGGCGGGACAGGGCGGCGGGGCCGCGCGCUCGGCGCCAUCCCCGCCGCCCUUUUCUUCUGCUGGCUCCCCAACCACGCCGGCACGCUCUGGGUGCUGGUCAAGUUUGGCCUCGUGCCCUGGGACGCCACCUAGGUGCUUCACACCUGCGUCUCCCCCCUCACCGUCUGCCUGGCCGGGAGCAACAGCUGCCUCCACCCCCUGAUGCACUGCUUCCCGGGCCCUGGGCAAGGCCCUGGGCAGGGCCCUGGGCAAGGCCCUGAGCGGGCCCGGCUACCUGGGGGGCGGGGCCGAGCAAGUAGCCCUUCAGGGAGGCAGUGGGCUCUCCCCCUCCCCCUCACUCACCUGGCCGGGGGGGGGGGGGGGCGGGGAGAGCGAAGCCCAAAUGCUGGGCCCGGGGCCCCUCUUCCAUCUCCUUCCCCAGACCCCAGCACCCAUGCCGGGAAGGAGUGGUCUCAAAUUCCACCGGGCCACGACAUCUUUGAUCCUUAA